GUCAGUUGUCUUUUGUCAUCCAAACCCAAUGUCCAAACCAAUGGUCCAAACCAUUUCCAAAUCAAACCACUCAAACCACACUUAUCAACUGUUAUCAACACUUAUUCAAUAUAUCAUACACAAUAUAUUAUUUUAAAAGUGUUGUGAUUUGUGAUUGUACUUAGUGUUGUGACAUCAUGGCUCCAUUGGCAUCACGAUCCGUUAUUUGGAGAUCCUUUACAAAAGUAUCAAAGGAACUUUCACAAUGCAAAAUUUGUUCAAAAAAAUUGAAAACGUCUGGAAAUACUUCUAACUUGAAGAAUCAUCUCAAACAAAAACAUACAAAUGUUUAUGAACAAUUGUUCUGUAAUGAAGAGGACGAAGCUCCGGCAAAGAAAAUAAAACAUUCCCGUACUGAAACAACAAAGGAAAGUAUUGCCACAGAUAUAAAUGACAGGCCCCUUUCUCCAUCAUCUACAAUAACGCUUCAAUCUGAAGGGAAUCUUUCAAGUAGUGGGGUGGUUGUUGAAGAGCAUUUGGCUUCUCUUGAAAUGAUUGAUUCUACUCCCAGUACUAGUGGUACUAGAUGCUCAAUAGAAACUAGUUUCAUACAGCCAACAAUUACAAAAGUAAUAAAAGAUGUUCGUUCAUUCUCUGAUGGCGGUUCUAAAAAUAUAAAAAUAACGCAAGCUGUUGUUGGUUUUGUAAUAAAUGAUAACAUGCCAUUUAACGUUGUGGAAGGCAAAGGAUUUGUUAAUUUAAUGAAAGAAUUGGCCCCUAUGUAUAGAGUUCCAACUAGAAAUACUAUAAAAGAUAGAGUCGAUAAACAGUUUGAGGUCAUGUCAGGGGCAUUCAAAACCAUGAUAAAGAAUAUAAACCAUUUUACUGUAACGACAGACAUAUGGACUGCAGAUAUGCAGGCCAAAAGUUUUAUUGGUGUUACUAUCCAUUUCAUUAAAGAUUUACUUAUGCUUUCAGCUACUUUAGGAGUUAGUGAACUGGAUGAAUCACAUACUGCAGGAUAUAUUUCAUCAAUAUUGGCUAGUUGUUUAAAUGAAUGGGACAUUGACAUGGAAAAAGUAGUUGCCAUUGUAACAGACAAUGGUGCAAAUAUGGUGAAAGCCGCGCAGGAUUUAGUGGGAAAACAAAAGCACGUACCAUGUUUUGCCCAUACAUUAAACUUGCUUUGUGAAAAUGCUGUAAAAAAUACAGCAAACUUGUUAGCCUUAAUUGAAAAAGUAAGAGCAAUUGUUAUAUGGUUUAAGCGAAGUGUGUAUGCUAGUGAUGAACUGAGGAAAGUGCAAAAAAGUAGGGGUAUCCUCGAAGGAAAUUGUUUAAAAUUAAUACUAGAUAUAAAAACAAGGUGGAAUUCCACUUAUUUCAUGAUAGAAAGGUUCUUGAAAUUAGCUCCACUACUAGGAACCAUAAUUUUGUCCAAUAUGAAUGCACCAAAUAUGGUAAAUGCCACAGAGCUUGAGGAAUUAAAGCAGAUCUGCCAACUUCUUCAUCCAUUGGAACAAACAACCAAAGAAAUGAGUGGACAAAAUUAUGUCACACUUAGUAAAAUAAUUCCCAUGAUAGGAUGUUUAACAUCACAGUAUAAUAAAACUAGUUGUGAUACAGAAAUAGCAAGAAACCUUAAAACUUCAAUCAUAAAGGAAUUUGAUAAAAGAUUUGGAUAUGUGGAGAAGUGUUUUUUAUUGGCAGCAUCAACAAUAUUAGAUCCUCGAUUUAAAAAUAUUCAUUUCCAAGAUCCACUUGCCCUCUCAACUAUUAUUAGGCAUUUGAAAAAUGAGAUAACCAAUGCACCAGAUCAGUCUUCUUCAUCUUCUGAUCUUUCUGAUAAAGGUGAAGAAGAGCAGGCGACUUUUGACUUGUGGGCCCAUCACAAAAAUAUUGCACAUACGAAAAAGAGCAGAAAAACUGAAGAAAAGUUUGACGAAUUAAAUCAAUAUUUAUCUGUGCCAGUCAGAAGUUUAAAAGAAGAUCCACAGGAAAUAUGGGAUGAAAUGAAAACAGUAUAUCCCAAUCUUUAUAAACUGGCGCAAAAAUACAUAAGUGUGGUAGCCACUUCAGUUCCCAGUGAACGGUUGUUCUCAAAAGCUGGAGCAACGAUGACGAAAAACCGGAAUCGGUUAACUGGGAAAAGACUAUCGAAACUUCUUUUCCUAGGAUCUCUUCCGGAAAAUUUUUCAUUUUAGUUUGUUAUGUUUAUAAUUUAAUUAAUAUUUUAAUAUUAUAAUAAUAGUAUAGUGCUGUGCUGGUGUUGACAGAUUGUCAGCAUCAGUUGAAUGGUUUUUAGUUUAGUUAAAUGUUUAUGUUAUUUGUUUUAUGUGUAUUGUUAUUAUGUGUUAUUUGUCUUUCACCUUUAAUAACAAAGUAAAUACUAACUAGGAGUUAUGACAUAACUAAUAAAUGUUUAUUUUCCAAAUAUAAGAAUCCUUUAGGCCCGUUUUUUGUUUUAA